ACUGUCCAAUUUCCAAUCUUUUUUUCUUUGUUUUAUUCUGAUGUAUUUUUGCAAUAUUAAGGAGUCAUUUGUCCUUCUGUCUUUUGUGGCUUUCCAUCUGUAAAGUCUGCAGAAAGUGAUGAGCCAGGGAAUGUGAUCUUCGCGUAAACUUCUCUUCGCCUCUCUUAGUUUCUAUCCGCUUAAAAUCCUCCAUUGAAAUGCAAAUCCUCCUGUACACCGUUGUGCUGCUGUACCUCAAGGAGUCUGCCGGGGCAGAGCCAAAAGCCAAGUGUCCAACUCGGUGCGAUGUGAGUACCUGUCCGAGCCCCAGCUGCCCCAGCGGCUACGUGCCGGACCGCUGCAACUGCUGCCUGGUGUGCGCCCAGGCAGAGGGAGAGGCGUGCGGCCGCAAGGAAGACCUGCCAUGCGGAGACGGACUGGAAUGCAAACACCCGACGGGCAAGCGUCUCUCCAAGGGCUUCUGUCGGUGCAAGUUCAGAAACGAAGUGUGCGGCAGCGACGGGAAGACGUACGGCAACUUGUGCCAGCUGAAGGCGACCAGCUGGAAGGCUCUGCAGCAGGGACAGCCAGCCAUCACCCAGAAUCAAAAAGGACCGUGUGAGUCCAGCAUAGGUCCUCCACAUACUGCCAGUCCUCGUUACAAGUUCAACUUCAUAGCCGACGUGGUGGAGAAAAUCGCUCCUGCUGUCGUCCACAUUGAACUCUUCCUCAGGCAUCCUCUCUUCGGUCGGAACAUUCCUCUGUCGAGUGGAUCUGGGUUUGUGAUGUCAGAAAACGGAUUGAUUAUUACCAACGCCCAUGUGGUCUCCAGCACUACACCAGUGUCCGGUCAACAGCACCUCAAGGUCCAGAUGCAAAAUGGGGAUGUAUAUGAAGCCAACAUCAAAGACAUUGACAAAAAGUCAGACAUUGCUACCAUCAAAAUCAAUACACAGACGAAACUGGCCAUAUUGUUUCUGGGCCACAGUGCAGACCUGAGGCCCGGGGAGUUUGUGGUUGCAAUCGGCAGCCCCUUCGCCCUCCAGAACACCGUCACCACCGGUAUCGUCAGCACCGCCCAGAGAGACGGCAAGGAGCUGGGCCUCAGGGACUCGGACAUGGACUACAUCCAGACGGACGCUAUUAUCAACUAUGGGAAUUCAGGAGGACCUCUUGUCAAUUUGGAUGGGGAGGUGAUCGGCAUCAACACCUUGAAGGUUGCAGCAGGAAUCUCAUUUGCCAUUCCCUCCGACAGGAUCACUCGCUUCCUCAAUGAUUCACUCGACAAGCAUAGCAAAGAUGUGAGGUCAGUAAAGAAGCGGUUCAUUGGAAUCAGGAUGCUCACCAUCACACCAGCUUUAAUUGAAGAGCUGAAACAGCAGAACCCAGACUUCCCUAAUGUUACCAGUGGGAUUUAUGUCCAUGAGGUCGUUCCUCACUCACCUGCAGAGAAAGGUGGUAUUAAAGAUGGUGACAUCAUUGUGAAGCUGAAUGGGAAGCCGCUGAUGGCCACGGCCGACCUGCAGGGGGCGCUGCAGGAGGAGACGGCACUACUGCUGGAGGUCAGGAGGGACAAUGAUGACCUGCUCUUUAACAUCGAACCUGACGUUAUCAUGCAGUAGACAACGGAAGCAACGCUCUCAUGCAGAGUUAGACCGAUAUCUAAGGUCCUAUUUUUGUGAAAGAACACGUUGGAUAGUGGAAAAUCUGCACCAGUGCAGCAGAACUUUAGUCAAGCGCACACGUCUUCUUAUACUCUGGCAACUGGCUGUGGACUGUACCAAAGUAAAAGGAGCCUAUGGACGAUAUGGUGCAAUGCAAUUUUGGUAUCAAGGAUUUACAGCCGUGCCUUCCUCCUGCUCAAACCAGGCCAACAGGUGCACACAUUUACACCCUACAGAAUCGCAUAAACCCAAAUCCAAUGUAUCAUGUGCUAUGUUUCACUUGAAUUAUACAUUUUUCAACCAGUAAACACAUUUGUUGUACAAGUACUUCAAAAAUAUGAUGUUAAUAUGAGGCAAUAAUGGCUGUUGGUCAGCAUCUUGUGGUGCACAUCUCAAAAAAAUAAAAACAAAGUUGAUGAACGGACAUUUCAAUUGAUACAUUUCUAUUAGAAGAUGGUUGUGAAUUUGCUCUUAAGCCUUUUUUCUGACUGGGGGACAUGGUCAUAAGCAUUCCAGAAGUCCACAAAUCUUCCAUGAGAUCCAACACAGUUUCAUGGCUGGCUUCUUAACCUUUCAGCCAAGGCAGAACCCUACACUUGACCCUCAUAUUCUGGUAUGGUCGGCUAUUUACUCAAUAAGAGCGGCGUAACCCAAAGAGCCCAAACAUGAGGUUAAUGAGAUAAAUCAUGUGUUCAUCAAAUCAUUCAGGUCAUUAACAAGUAAAAAUCUAGUGCAAUGUUAUCAAUUCACUUACCUUCAUCUACUCUGCUUUUAUCACUUAUCAUUUGAGUUCCCCUUUUGCACCAUUCUUUCAUAAAAAUAUGGUUUUGUCGAUAUUGGCCUUCAAUCAUAGGCCGGUGUAUUCCACUGCAGAUAUGAUUGACAGACAGUGUUAUGUUUAUAGUUUUUAUUAGUUGUACUGUGUGUCAGCUGUAUGGCCAGAUGACACAUUCCAGAGUGUUGCGGGAGGAUUUCGCUUAACACUUUGAUUUUCUAAAACCUGUCAUGAAACCUGAUUUGUUUUUAGGUAUAAAUGGUUUGAUUAAAAGAUAAUGAAAAUAGGCCAGGCAGCUUUAUUCAAAAACUUCUGAAAACCCUUUAUUGAAAUAAGUGACAACGUAUGUUUUGCUGGAAAGAAAGUGCUGUAGUACCGAUUGAGUCUAUCCAAUCUGAGCCCUAAAGUUGUGUCACCCCUGAAAACUUCCCAGUUUGGAACAUGUGCACUUUUAACUUAAAGAGUUGGGGAGGAUCUGAUCACAACAAUAGCUCUGGUCUGUGUGAGAAAUUUGUUUUUAUUCUACGAUGAAUCCGCUGUGACCAAUCUCAUCUGAAGAAGAGGAGGAGGUUAAGCUUUUAGAAGGUUGUCGUUUUCUUGACACGACCUCUGAACUGAGUGACGACCCUGACCUGGGCACGUGUUGAGAUUUCAUAAAAUAUGAUACACUUGGGUUUUUUCUUGUGUGUCUUACAUUUACUGUGUCGUGCUGUAUUAACUCAAGAUAGCUGAUUUGUUGACAUCCACUAACUCCCGAACACAGUGAACAAGAUACUUGCGGUGGAGGCAUUAUAAGACACCAUCCCAAAGUGCACAUGGCGCAUGAUAUAGUGGGCUUCCUAAGCAAGCUCUCUAACGGCCAUAUUGGAGGUCCUUUAAUGUUGAUUGGCCUAAUAAUGCUACUGGCUAGCUACGAGUCUUUGUGCUUGAGUAAAGAAAUUCCCAGACCUAUCCCUGCCCGGGACACAGAAACUAAAUUGAACUUUUAUCUCAUUUUUAGUUUGUUGGCCAAUAAAUGCAUGUCCCCUUAUGAUAGAUUUCCUAUAACCAACAUUAGUGAAUGGGUAAUUUUCCACUGGACCUCCAUGAAGCCGCCACAUGCAAAUGACUAACACAGCUGCAGAGCCUCUACAAUAAACACAAUGAUGUACACAUUUAGCAGGUUGAACUUUUAUUGAGCCGAUUGUAAAAUAUGCUCGUAUUAUUGGGGCAGUUGUCAAAUUUGUAUUAUGUCAAAUUACACUUUUAAGCAUCAUAACCAGCUUUCAGUGUUAGUUUGAGAUAAUUUCCAACCAGAUGUUACACAUUGUCAUGUUGUCUAUGGUUUGUGGUUGGUAUGAUUCUUCAUUGCUGUCCUUCCAUAACCAAAAUGUGAACCACAAGUGUGUUUUAUUAAGUUUAAAUGAUGUACUAUGUUGGAAAUGAAGAGCACAAAAUGUGAGUAGAUUUUCUUGCUAGACCUGCUCUGGUUCAUAACUCUUUGUGCUUUUAGUAUGAAUAGACUACUUUUAUCACAUCGUCAAAACCAAAUGUUUACAUGUAAGUUGCCAACAAAGUAAUCCUCUACAUCUGCCUUUGGA